GUGCCAAACAUCUAGGCAUUUCAGCCCCUUCAUCAGAACCGAAUCCAAUGGACUUAUUUCGUCUGAAAGAACUCGCGUACAUGCUUCCCAGAGACUCAUGCGAGGCUGCCACUGAAUAAUUUUCGCCAUAAUAAACCGAUACUUGCAUCCAUUUAAUAAACCAAUGCUUAUUGUCGCCAAAUCCUUUGGCUUACACGAUAAAAGAAUAUUUAGAGAGAGGAGAGACGGCGAUGGAGAUGCGAGCAAGCGGGGAGGUGGGAUUGGCCCAAGACCUGACCCCACCCAUCCCUCCCAUCGCCGCCACCCUCCACGACUGCUUCCUCCCCUCCCACUGCUCCUCUUGCUUCCGCCCCCUCCAACAACAAAAUUCCUCCGCCACUCCCCUCUCCUGCCCCGCCUGCUCCGCCGCCGUCCGCUACUGCACCCUCGCCUGCUCCGCCGCCGACUCCGUCCCCCACGCCUCUUCCGGCGAAUGCCUCCUCCUUAGCCUCCGCCCACCCAACUCCGGCCCCACCUCCGAGCUCCGCGCCGCCCUCCGCCUCCUCUACUCCCUCGACACGCUAGGUCUCCUCCCUCCCCCUUGCCGGAGCGAGUCCCCUCGGCGGAUCGGCGGGUUGCUCGCCGGCGAUCUAGAGAACGUUCUCGAAGAAGGCGGCGAGGUCGCGGAGAGGAUACGAGAGGGCGGGUCGUUGAUGUCUCGCGCGAGAAAUAGGAGGCGAGCGCGAGAUGAGAGGAGAGAUGGAGCGGUGGCGCUGGAGGAAGAGGAGGCGCUGUUGGCGGUGCUAACGAACGCCGUGGAGGUGCAGGUUAGCGAGAGGGGCGCCCUCGGGAUCGCCAUCUACGGGCCGGCCUUUUCUUGGUUCAACCACAGCUGCGCGCCUAAUGCUUGCUACCGGUUCGAGCUGGUCGACCGGUGUGAUGGAACCAGUUCAUGGGACCCGGGUUCGUUUGGGGUGUCGCCUGCUGGUACUGAAGAUGCGUGCGCCAUGUGGAAGGCAUGGAAUUAUAGUGAAGGCGGACCAAGUCAUGUUUUGCUUCUAGGAUUGUGUAGAUAUGGGCCAAGGGUUAUAGUUCGUAGCAUCAAACCAAUCAAGGAAGGUGAGGAGGUUUGCAUUACGUACACUGACCUGCUACAGCCGAAGGCAAUGAGACACUUGGAUUUGUGGUCAAAGUAUCGAUUUGUUUGCUGUUGUGAACGUUGUAGCGCAUUGCAAGAGAUGCAUAUAGACCGUCUUUUAAAUUGUUAUCCCAGGGAUUUGGAUUUAGAUAACAGCGACGGUGGGGAUGCUGGAUGUGAAGAGCUAGCUGAUAUGUUAGACCAAGCUAUAUCUGAUUACACAUCAGGUGACGACCCUGAAGCCUGCUGUUAUAAGCUUGAAAGCAUGCUUUCUGGAAGCUAUGAAAACAAAAUGUUCCAAGCAGAAAAUACUUCAGAAAGCGAAUUCAGAUUGCACCCCUGUCAUCAUCUUUCUCUGAAUGCAUACAUCAUACUUGCAUCUGCCUAUAGAACAUGUGCAAACAGCGUCCUAACUUCUGGUUUGGGUGAAAAUAAUAAUGUGGAGUUCAUCAAGAUGGCCAGGGCUGCUGCAGCUUACUCAUUGCUGCUUGCAGGUGCCACACACCACUUAUUCUUGUCUGAACCUUCGCUAAUAGCAACCACCACACAUUAUUUAAUAAGUGCAGGGGAAUCAAUAUUGAGUCUUGUUCAAAGUCCAACAUGGGGGUCCACUGGACUGAGAUUCAAUAAAUCAGAAAUUUGCUGGGCAGUACAUCAUUCUCCGAACGGCAAAGAUGGUUCUGCUCUUCGUUGGGAUAACUUCAAGGCAGCGCCUAUGAGGUUUCUUGGAUGUAUCUCGAGCAUUUUAUUGCAUUCCUGGCCAUUUUUAACUCAAGGCUUGUGUUAUUUGGAAAGUAUUAGAAGUCCAAUAGAUUUCAGCUGGCUUGAUUCGGAUGUGGUUCGACCUCAGGCUUUCGCUGGUGGGCGAGAUACUACUGAUUUUGCUAACCCAGAGCGUGCUGAAUGCAAAUAUCAAGCAGAAAUGUCUAUGGAAAAAGAGAGGAAGGGCCUUUUUCAGCUUGCUGUUCAUUGUCUUAUCUAUAGCAGUUACCUAGCAAGCAUAUGCUACAGUCCACGAAACUAUUUGACUGAUCAUGUUAAGGAGCUGCUGUAUGGUAGUUCUGGUUGUGCUUGUGUUGACAGUUUCUUACGGCCCUGAUCUAAUGAACAUAGGUGCUUUGCUAUUAGCAGUGUUGAUGAGAACCUUUUGGUGCAUGCAGGAGGGCUGAAUAGCCAUUGAAGCAUUUGGAAGUGUGUAGAUUGUCUACCUUGUUCAUCAGCUAGGUAGCAUAUCAGUGUUGUUUAUAAAAGUUGCAGCCAAAUUCUGAAAUGGGACUUUUAAACAACAGGGGAUUUGUUUUAAUGCUGACUUCUGAUUAGUACAAGUAACUCAUACCAUCAAGAUUUAUUAUUUUUGAUUUCUUAUGUUAGCUUCACAAAGACAAAUACGCAAAGUUUAAUCAAAAAGAUUGGUAAGCAUGUUGAGCUCAAGGUAUCAA